UCUAGACUGACAACACGCUCCAACUUACUCUUUCCAAUAUGGCGAACCCGAGGAAAUUUGCUGAGAAAAUUGCCCUGCACAAUCAGAAACAGGAGGAGGGAACGCGUGCUUUCGAACAGAUUAUGAAAGAGGUUUCCAUACUAGAGCCUACCAAAAAGCCCCCACACCAGCAGAUGCAGCAACAGUACUUUGGGGGAUCGUUGCCGAAUGUGAACAUCAGUUUAGCACAUGCACACCGAUUAGACCUACAGACCGCGUUAGAUAGUCUGGAUCGUCUCACAGGGAUGCAUCACAGCGUUGGUGAUCGUAUGCCUAUCAGUCAUAAACAACGAUUCCAAGGCGGCCGAACUCAAUUUAACCCGAACAAUCGUUUUCGGGGAAUAGACACAUCUCCCUACCAUGUGUCUGGCUGCCAUUUAUCACCUCCUCAAGAUCGGUAUUCGCAAGAUCAAGGUUGGCGAGAUAGACGAAUUGCCUCUGAUUCUGCUCUCCAUGACAGUGUUGUCCGUGCAGAGGUGAAACCCAAAGAGAAAACAUUGCCAUCACAUGAAAGAAAGGUUCGCAGUCCAUCUAGACCAAAGUCCUGUGAAGUGCCUGGAAUGAGUUUCCCAGCAGAACACAUGUCACAGACAAGCCCCAACUUACCAAUAGCCACUGCCAGUACAGGUGGUUCUCUUCCAGACCUCACUAACCUGAAUAUCAUUCCUUCUCCAUUAAUAACACCCCUUGACAAUGAUGAACAUGUGAAUCAAGCUUUGUCUCCAACCCAGCUUCAAAUGUCACAAAGACAGAGUCCUGUUCGACGGCCAGUAGCGAAUCAGCAGCAAAUGAGGAAACCACAAUUCACUGACCAGAUACCAUUAAUGGAUGCCAAUCUACGGCCUCUUGAAAGCAGGUUGCAACAAUUCCAGUUAUAUCCCCAGAAUAAUGAUUUCGGGUCACAUGGAGGCUCUGCCAUAACUACAAGUGCUUCACCAACACUUUCCCCCACAUCAUCGGCACCUAUGACUCCACUUUUCAGUAGCCUUCCCACUAGUCCAUUGUCAUCAUUUAAUCCUGAGCUCUACUUUAAACAGCAACAACAACAGCAAUCAAAUACACAAGCAUUACAACAACAACAACUAGAACAGUUUUCUGUGCAUCGCCCAGUGGCAGUAGGAGGGAUGUUGAAUUCUUCAAUGCAACUGCCCUUCCAAACUUUGUUGGCACAAACACCAACUACUAUUCCAGGUCAGGGAAUGCCUAGCUUAGCACAUUUUUAUGGUCCAGGUCAUGCAAGGGUACCAGAUUUAAUUGUGACUGAUGAUGAUGGAGUCAAAUCAGACUUUGCAAAAGAUCUUAGUACAGCCAUGGGCCAUAUUGGUGGGGAUGAUGCUGGUGAUGUGUAUGCCCCUGAUGAUCCAUUUCAAAAGGUUGUGCUUGAUCCAUUGGACAUGGAAGGCUUUCAAAUGUUGGCUGGCCAGGAUUCAGAGCUCACUGAUGCUGCAACAGAAGAUCAGUUCCGUUUGGACCGCCUUGGAGCUACAAGAUUACAUUAACAAUGAAAAAAAUACUUCUAAAAGAAAGAUGUUGUAUGUUUGCCUUGAAUCAGCGAGGAAGAUAAUGGAGUGCUUCACAUUUCUAUGUGGAAUUUCUUAGUAAUGUCAUUAUCAUGGUGACCUGUUUUUAUCCUGCGGGUAACUUAUUUUUUAAUGUACAUGUAUAUCAAUUAAUUAAUGAAAAUGCCAUGCCAUGUAAAGUAAAAUAAGUUCUAAGUAGUAUUUUAUUCGGGGUUAAAAGUAAAAUAGCAAUAAGAUGGUUCUUACCAAAACUCAACCCUUUUGUAUCCAUAAUUAUUAUGUAUGUGUAUCAUAGAGCAAAUGAAGUUAUGCAUUCCAAAGGAGUUCUCUCUUCUGCUAACAACUGCCUAUCAGCAGUAUCUGUAUGUGCAUUAUGUCACAAUGUAUAAUGUAUAUGUGGGACUGCCAACAGUUUUCACUGUUAAGAUUCAUUUUAACUGAAGACAUUACAACAAACAUAUUUGAAAAAGCCAUAAGCCAUUCUAGUGAACUGGUACUCCAAGGCAAGCUAUGUAGUCAAGAAAAUGGGAAAAGUGCACCCAGUCCAUGUCAACAUGUCAAACAUUUGUUUACCAACAGCUGGGAUUGGCAGCUUUUUGUUGGUUUUCAGACAGUCUGCACAUUCAAGGAUAAGCAAAGAACAUACCAAAUUAGCUUAUUCUUAUUAACAAAUGACUGAUAUCAGUAACAUGAGGGGUAUAUGUGCAUCUCAGAAACCCCUGGGGGGGGGGGCUUGAAAUCUCUCCCCGCAGUCUGGAUAGAUUUAUCUUAAAAUUACAAUUUUGGUUGAAACUCUUCUAGGCCUAUUUGCGUUUUGGUAGUCCAAAAUGCACAAAACUUGGUUACCAUCUUUUCUUUUUAUAAGAUAUCAGUGUGUGUGGACUGUGGUUUACUUAUUAGAUGGAACUAAAGAAUCGAAGAAGAGGAGAUUAUGCAAUUUAUCAUUUCUUUAAAUGCUGCUGGAGUCUCUCACUUGUCCAUUGCUUCCACUAGAGUUGGUCAAAAAUUCCAUCUUAUAAGUAAACUAUACAUAAGAAAUAGUAUAUUUUGAGCUUCGUUACAGAACAAAGAAAGUUGCUUUUCAUUGUAGCAAAUAACAACUUUCCUAAGCUUCAAAUGGUGUGCCAAUGAUAAAGACGUGUGAAAUUUCAAGAUUAUUAAGAGCUAGAUAUUAACAUGAACUGAACACAGAUGUCUGAGAAGAGUUCUAUCGUCAAGUAUUGUGCAAAUGUUUUAUGGUUCUUGUUUAAAAGAUUCUGUGUUAUUUUGUGGUCUUUUAAUGAUUUUCAUGGUGUAAGAUGCUAGUUAUUUGUUUGCAUGAAGUCUUUGCUGGAAGGGGUCGUAAUGCUAGGUACAUGAAUGAAAAAGAAUGUAGUCAGUUGAAUAGUAAGACAAAAAACUAAUCAGUUGAACUGGUAUAAAUGUUUUUCCCAUCCUGUUUCACCGUGACACGUUUAUGGUUACUCUGGUACAUCCUGACGUCGCUGUAUUUUAUCUUACGUAAGAGACUAGUUAUUACUAGGUAACUCACACUUACUGAUGGUGAAUUAUAAAAAGAGGCUUGUAACCAUUCAUUUUGGCACAGUUUCUUGUGUACGAAUGAGGGAUGCCACCACAAAAAGCCUUUGAUUUAGCUUGUAAAUAAUGUACAUUUAUGUAUCCAUCAAAUAUCGGCUAAAUAGUUGAAAAUAUAUUAGUUUCAUAUCUGAAAGACCACGGGAAAUUAUCGAUGUCACAUGAAACAGUUUGGUGCGUGGCUAGUAGGGAUACGUAUGUUUACCAUUUGAGCUCAUGUCCCAACCUAACAGAUGUGACAUGGUUUUAGGUGGUGUGGUGGAUGCCUCCCUAUUCUGAAUAUUAUUUUAACGUUAUUUUUGUGAUAAAAAUCCAGUAAUAACUUACGUCAGUUAGGAAAAGUUAGCUUUUCUGUGGUAUUAAGUGAGCAGACUUAAGAGAAGUGAAGUAUUUAAACAGUAGGGCACAUACUUAACUGAUAUCGAAUUUGUCCUGGAGUAACAUUAAAAUUCACAAGUUAGUCUU